CCUCAUUCAUUUCCAUUUCAUGCACUAUGACUUUCUGCCUCUGGUCAAACACAUGAUCAGAGUUGCCAGUUCUACCCAAUUACUCAUAAUAUACAUAUUAAUUAGGACAAAUUCCCAUUGUUUACAGGUGUUAUUUUAUUGUUCAUAAAGCCUUGGAGAUUAUUUCUACACAAUUUGACUUGUGUCAUGUUGGCAACUCUACAUAAAGAUGCUCAAGAAGAGUCAUUCACCAUAUAAUGUGCCAUCAGGGAAACAAUAAGCUCAGUAACUGGAACGCUUUCAUUUUAUCUCUCCAAACUUCUCCCUUUCUCAUGACUCACAUGCUAUUAUUUCAUACUUGGUAUGUUCUAUGAUGAUUAGUCUCUGUUUUCUCUGCCUAUGGCCUGUUCAGGCAGCCUGCUGACGGGGAUGUUCAGGACAACCUGGGCCAGUUUGCUGGCAGUGGUUUGUGGGAGCUCGCAGAGGGGGCGGGUGCUUGAUAAGCCAGAGGAAACUGUGUUGUUUGAAAAUGGCAACAUCCCAGCACCAAAAUUUGAACCUGCCUUCUGUGUUCUUCUCCAGGAGCAACAUAACCUUACUAUGCACAGGACAGAGAAGAUUGCAGAAGAGAGAUGCCCAAGCUCAAAUGUCCCAGUCCUCCGCCUGGAUGAAGGAAAAGCCGAGUUUGACUUGAGAUGGGGUUACGAAGCAUUGGAAAGCAUCAGGGAAAAUUCUUUGUCACAAACACCGAAAAGCUCCGAAUCCUUUCUUCGUGAGAAGAGCCAGACUAUCGCCACUUCCCAUGCACUGUCACCUAAAGGUAAGUUAUAAAUAUUAACACUAGGC